GAAGGAUGAUAGCAGAUUGAUAGAGGACAUAUCCUACAUUGGGCGUGAAGCUGAAAUAUACUAUCAAAAUAUGUUUUCUUCAGGUAGUGUGAAUAUCCAUGACAGUAUUUUUGUAGGAAUUGAGAAAAUAAUUAUAGAUGAACAGAAUGACUUUCUUAGUGGUAACCCUUCAGCUUCGAAAAUUUACCAAGCUAUUAAUGAGUUGAACCCAGAUAGCGCCUCGGAAGGAGAUGGCUUUACAUGA